GACAACACUUGAGAGAUUAUUUUGUUUCGAAUAAAUUGCCGGCAAAGAAUAGUUUCCAAUAAUAUUAUCCUAAUCUUCAAGAUAUCACAACAACAACAACAAUAAGAAAAUGAAUAACACAACAUCAACUUCAAGUCAGAUAGGUUCUCCCAGCGAUAAACCACACUCUCCAAUCACUUCCGGUUCUCACCUCAACCUUCCACCAAACCAAAUUUCCACCCAAGUUUCGAAUAAGAAAGUUGUCACUAUUGCUUCACCAACCACCACAAAACCAACUGUAACACAAUCACAGGUGAAUCUAGUCAACCCAAGUGAAAGUGGUCGUUCGGGAAGUUCAUUCAGUCAAAGUAAAAUAACUUUACGAACAUGUUGUGGAGUGGUUGAGUUGACUUCAAUGAAAUUAGCUUGUUUACUUGGAAUGAUGGUGACAGUUGUUGGUUUGGUUGUUUUGGCAGCUGUUGCAAUUGCUGCUUUCAUAACUGCUAGUUCGAAAUCAACUGAUAUUUUAAUUGCUGUGGGAAAGGUCACUUCAUUAUUCGAAAGUUCAAAUUCACUAGUUUUGAAAUAUACCUUUGUUGGAGCAGCUGCUGAUCUUUCAAUGUACAAUAGUUAUCAAUUUAAUUAUAAGAAUUCAACACAGGAAAUGAAAACUCUCUUACAAACAAUUUUGAGAAAUUUGGACGAUGCGUCAAUUCAAAAAACUUUCAAUUCAACUUCGAUUGAAGCUUCAAAUACUUUGGAUUCACUCAAUUCACAAACUAUGAUUAUGGUUUUCCAGGAUCAAAAGGCAGAUGCUCAGGCAAAGAUUAGUUCAGAUUCGUAUAACACAAUUUUAAAAACUUUUGAGGGAGGUCUCGAUCAAUUGGUUUCAUUUGUGCAAACUAAGGAAAAGGAAAAGGACACUCAAGUAUUGGCAAUUACAUUGGUUCAGUUAGUUGUCAUUGUAGUUUCACUAUUCGUCAUUCUACCAAUCAUUGUCUUUGUUUUCACAUAUGCCAUCAAUCGUGAUUCACUUUAUUUGGAUAAGAUUCGUCGUGCCAAUGCAAUCAUGUUGAUGGACACAAUGGAAGAUGAUGGUUUGAGAGCUCUUUUCAAAAUUCAUUGUGAAAAGGAAAAAUCAGUUGAAAAUUAUCUUUUACUUGAAAAGAUUCAAUAUUUUAGAUCCUUGUGUGAACGUUCUUUGGAUUUACAAAUGAGAUUAUUCGGUGAUAACAAUGUAUUGAGUGAUAUUUCAAGUGAUAUUUCAGGAGAUUCAGCUCAAUCAUCAAAGAAGAAGAAGGAAUCACCACUUGAAAAGGAAUACGCAGAAGUUGAAGCUAAAAAGUAUGAAGUUGCAUUUGAAAUCUUUACUGAAUUCUUGGAAGUUACAGGUGAUAUGGCUGUCAAUAUUUCUCACGUUUUGGUUGAUGCUGUCAAGGAUAAGCUUGACAAGUUCAAUGAUAAGCAAAUUGAAACUCUUCCAGAAGAUAUGUUCAAUAUUUUGGAAAAGGAAACUUGUCUCGUAAUGAUGGAUACUCAUCACAGAUUCAAACAAUCGCUUGCUUUCCAACGUGAAAUGAAAAUUGAUAAGAUUAAGGUUGACAAGCUCAAGAAGAAGAAGGUUGACUUUUAAUUGUAAAAUAUAAUGUACAUAUUUGAGAAGGGAAAUUCUGAGAACAUUAGCAAGUUUGCAAUAAAAGCAAUAUUACAUUC